AUGAAAGAAAAAAACAGUAAAGAAAAAAACAACGCCUCCGCUAAAUGUACAAAGGAUGAAUCGAAAAAAACAAAAAAUUUGACAGAUUUGGGAAGUUUUUGGUAUGGAGAGGACUUCCUAGGAAGUGUGUGGAUACUCAGGGGGAGCCCUUAA